CUCUUGUUAGCCUCCUCCCCCAGCCAGCAGCUUAACUAGUCCCCCUAUAUAAAUUUAUGUUAUCGCCCACUUCGGUUCUGCCUGUUUUCCCUGCAUCACAGCUCUCCUCUCUGUCUUCCUGUCUGAUCCUUUCAACAGACUUUAGACUUGUCUUCCUCCGCCCUCUCUCUCUCUCUCUCUCUAGCUCCUCAGCUUCUGCUUCGUUUUUCGUGUCAUUGUUGAUGAACAACCUGACAAACAAAACCCAUUCUUUUCUGAUAAUAAUUUGACUUAGAGAUUCUUCAUUUCAUUUACACACGGAGAUGAUGUUAAUGUUGUGACUUGUGAGCCUGACUGGUGGGAUUUUUCAGCGGAUGAUGAUGAGGUACCAGAGAGUGAGCCCAGAUUGUGUCCCUUUGAGCAAUGGCAAGAAGCCAGCCAUGAGAGCCAUAUCCAAAGAAGAUGGGUUGACAGAGACUCUCACAACCAGCACAGUUUCAACUUUAGAACCCACAAAACCAUUCAGAUUCCGAUCCCAGCCCACAACCCAAGACCCGAACCAAUCCCAAUUCGGAGCCCGACCCACUUCACCCAACUCCGACAACCACCACCGGAGCCCGACCCAGAGGCAGGACAAGAGCCCCAGCCGGACCCCAAGCCCCAGCCGCGGCGCCGGCGAUGUGUUAUUGCAGUGGGGCCACAAGAAGCGGUCGAGAGUCUCGAGAACUGAGAUCCGAGCAGUGACCGAUGAGUCUUCUUCCUCAGCUCAAGCAAGGCAAGCUGGUGUGAAGCUGCAGAGAAGAGACAAGUCUAUGCCGCCGCCGCCUCCUCCUCCACCCCUUUCUUCCUCCUCCGCAACGUCGUCGUUUUCCAAUGGCAGACUUAGAAAGGAAGCCUCCGCGUUGCUUCCUAGCAGGAAUUUAGAAGAUCGAUCUGCUGUGGUUAAUGGGUCCCCAUCAAGAAACCCAACUGGCGGCAGCAACAGCCGAGCUGUUUCUAGAUCUACGGCUGGGAAAAGAUCUCCUCCUCCUGAGAAAAAUGACAGAAAGCUGCCUCCUUGCUCAGGCAGGUCAUCAGCCAAAGAUGACAAGCCAAAUGGACCCUCUGUGCAAGUUGAUCGUCUGCACCAUGCUGAUUCUGCUUCAUUGCAAUCGGACCAAUUAGCUGCCACUGCUAAUGGUGCCGCACCAGUUGCAGCAGCAGAUAAGGUCAACUAUGAAGUGGUUGAGUGGCCUAGAAUUUAUAUUGCCCUGUCAAGAAAAGAGAAGGAAGAUGAUUUCCUUGCAAUGAAAGGCACAAAGCUCCCCCAGAGACCCAAGAAAAGGGCCAAAAACAUUGACAGAACCCUCCAGUAUUGUUUUCCAGGGAUGUGGCUGUCUGACUUGACAAGGAAUCGCUAUGAGGUCAGGGAGAAGAAAUGUGUGAAGAAGCAAAAGCGAAGGGGACUCAAGGGAAUGGAGAGCGUGGACAGCGAUUCCGAGUAGUACUAGUAUUUUAUUCCCCCACAAUGUAAAACUUAUUCAAAAAAUAUGAUAAAAACAAAAAAAUUUGAGAGAGUGAGAGAGAGAGAGAGCCCUCUCCAUCCAAAGUCAGUGGGACCCUUUUGAUAGUCCACCUGCCCUUGCUUUGUAGGACACACCAUGUCUUUGCUGUCGUUUUGAUGAAGACGAUCUGUCGUUUUGAGGAGCAGCGGCAAAGUAGCUGAUAUGAGAUAUGUUGUUGUUCUUGGGCUCAAGGGUAGUGGUGGGGGUUUUUUUUUUCGGAAUUUGAAGCAUUUUGUUGGGUCACGGACUGAGAGGUGUACAGUACAGACGACUUUAAAGAGCCUCAUGACUUGGUCUGUGGGCCCCCAACUCUGCUUGCCUUUGAUAAAAAAUAACUAGAAUUUUCUUUUCUUUUUCUUUUCAA